UUCAGGCUCCGCUCUUGAGAACUUCAUCAAUACAUGACUUAGCCUCGAGAAGAUGCUGUAUAAGAGGCGUCAAAAACGCAUGUCGCCUGGAGCGUCUCGUCUUUACGAACUUCAACCAGACCCGUAUGAUGCUACUCAGCGACGGGCUAUUCGUUUAUGUCUUUUUGUGGAUGUAAAGAACGCUCAUGAAUUGCGACAUAAAUUAAGAAGCGGAGAAAUUGAUGCAGCCCUAAUUCGUGCGGAACUGGUAUUGGAACCUUUCGUGGUUCUUGCUGCCGCCAACAGAGCAGUGCAUCAGGCUGCUCACAACAGACUUUCUUGUAGAAGCCUUGCCGCAGAGCUUGUUUAUAGUUUAUCGCCGAGUCGAAAUAUUUCUGAUUCCCUGGUGACAUUUGGAAUCGCAGAUACCAGUAAGAAUAUUCUUGUGUGCAUUUUCGAUGACAAAGAUGGCUCGAAGAUGAAGAAGUUGGCAAAGGAAAUUGAUGGACGACCUGAAGCAUCGAAUAAAAUUUUGAGAAGCCUGAGACGCAAAAACAUGUACUUUCAGAUCUACCACAUGUCUGAGCCGCAAUUCAACGAGGACACUUUUUCGGACCGAAUACUUUCACGCAUAAUCACCAAAGACUUUAUAUGA